AUGUUUCCUGAGUACCAGUGGGGCCAGGAGAUGGCUUCAUGGCUGUGGCUCAGAGCUCUUUGUCAGCUCUGGACUGGGGACAGGCAAUGGGGAACUAGACAGACAGCAUCUCGAUCCAAGGGACAGGGGAGACAGGCAGGCAUAGAGUGGUUCUACAAGAACCAGCUCGGCCUCUAUCCCUACCUUGGGCCCAGGGGCACAGCUCAUAACGGGGGCAUCCCCCAGGUUGUCCCUCCUGACCGCCACCUGGCACGGGCUACCCACCAGAUCCACCUCAGCCUAGAAUGCGGCUUUGCUGGCCUGGCAGUGCUGGACUGGGAAGAGUGGUGCCCACUCUGGGCCGGGAACUGGGGGCGUCGCCGAGCCUACCAGGCAGCCUCAUGGGCUUGGGCACAGCGGGUAUUCCCCCACUUGAACCCCCAGGAGCAGCUCUACAAGGGCCGUGUUGGCUUUGAACAGGCAGCCCGUGCCCUGAUGGAGGACACACUGCGGCUGGGCCAGGCACUGAAGCCACAUGGGUUCUGGGGCUUCUAUCACUUCCCAGCCUGUGGCAAUGGCUGGCAUGGUACAGCUUCCAAUUACACAGGCCACUGCCACCCAGCCACUCUGGCCCACAACACCCAACUGCAUUGGCUCUGGGCUGCCUCCAGCGCCCUCUUCCCCAGCAUCUAUCUCCCACCCAAGCUGCCACCUAUUCAUCACCAGGCAUUUGUCCGAUACCGCCUGGAGGAAGCCUUCCGUGUGGCCGUUGUCGGGCAUCCACAUCCCCUGCCUGUCCUGGCCUAUGCCCGGCUCACACACCGCCAUUCUGGGAGGUUCCUGUCCCAGGAUGACCUUGUGAAGACCAUUGGUGUGAGCGCAGCACUGGGGGCAGCCGGCGUGGUGCUCUGGGGGGACCUGAGCCUCUCCAGCUCUGAGGAGAAGUGCUGGCAUCUCCAUAACUACGUAGUGGGCACCCUGGGCCCCUAUGUAAUCAAUGUGACCAGGGCAGCCAUAGCCUGCAGUUACCAGCGGUGCCAUGGCCAUGGGCGUUGUGCCCACCAAGACGGAGGACAGCUGGAAGCCUUUCUGCACCUGCAGCCAGAUGGGAGGCCUGGAGCUUGGGAGUCCUUUAGCUGCCGUUGUUACCAGGGCUGGGCUGGCCCUAUCUGCCAGGAGCCUAGACCUGAGCCUACGCCUGAAGAAGCAGCAUAAAACCAGAGGUUACCUGCCCCUGA